CGGAAGUCUCAGUUACGUUGGGGGUUACGUGAAGUUGGUCAGUCCACUUCCUGUACAGUGGGACAUCCCGCUGCAUCAGUCUCCACCGUAUCCAUGGUGAAACAGUCUCGUUUUGACAUACUUUUUAAAAAGACUGCGUUGACGCUAAAUCGGCUACACAAGGAUAUGCGACUUUACCUCAGUCUGUUUACGUCCAUUAUGUGAACGCUGUUCUGAGUUCAAUCUGGUCGAGACGUUGGCUACAACUAUUUGUCCAUGGACAUGGAGUGUGGAAUCACUGCGAAUCGAAUGUGUUCGUAAGCAGGAACAAGGACAAGUUACAGGCUACACUUCUGUAAUACUACUCGUUUGUAGCCGAUUUCAAACCAAACACUUUGGUGGGAUAUAAAACAACCUGGAAUAAUAAUAAUGGGGGUGUAUCGGAAUCUAUGUUUAUCCGUUGCCCUUAUAUUGUCCUGUCUCAAACACGGACUUGCAUUCAAUCUGGAUAUCGAGAAACCUUCUGUGUUCUCUGGUCCUCGAGGGAGCUACUUCGGAUUUUCUGUGGAUUUCUUCAAACCGAGUAACAGACAAUUAAACGUUCUUAUAGGUGCUCCAAGAGCAAUCGUGUCAACAGUGUCAAACGUGUCCGAGAGAGGGGCAGUCUACAGCUGCCCUUGGCAAACCGGAGAUGGUUGUAAACAAAUACAGUUUGACAAUACAGAUGACCGGAAGAAUGAAAACAACCAGCAAAUGGAGUUCAAGACCAACCAGUGGUUUGGAGCUACAGUACGUUCAGAUGGGGAACAUAUUUUGGCCUGUGCCCCUCUGUACCAAUGGAGCACCUAUGGCCUUUCAGAAAGGGAGCCUGUCGGAACCUGCUUCCUGAAAAAAGGGUCAAGUGUGGUGGAAUACUCCCCGUGUCGCUCAAAUUUCAACUCACCAGAGGGACAAGGUUUUUGUCAAGCUGGAUUCAGUGCAGAUUUUGUGAAGAAUAACAGGGUUGUUGUUGGCGGACCCGGCAGCUUCUAUUGGCAAGGUCAGCUCAUCUCCGACGACAUAUCGGAGAUCAUAACCAAAUUCAACAACAACUUCUACACGACAUACAGCAAUCAACUAACCACCAAGUCAGCGAGCGCCCAGUAUGAUGAUAGCUAUUUAGGAUACUCCGUAGCGGUGGGGGACUUCAACAAUGAUGGGGACGAUGAUUACAUUACUGGUGUUCCAAGAGGAGAAAAAGCCCUUGGUUAUGUAAACAUAUUUAAUGGGCAGAAUAUGGUGUCUAUGCUCAACUUCACCGGUGUUCAGAUGGCUGCCUAUUUUGGGCAUUCGGUAGCAGCAACUGACAUUAACAAUGACGGGCUGGUGGAUCUGUUUGUGGGAGCCCCUCUCUUCAUGGACCGUGGCUCUGACGGGAAGUUGCGGGAGGUCGGCCAGGUGUACGUUUACCUGGGCAAGGGCGCCUUCACCUUCUCCAACCCCCAGAAGCUCACUGGCUCCGAGAUCUACGCCCGCUUCGGCAGCUCCAUCGCCAGCCUGGGCGACCUUGAUCUGGAUGGCUUCAAUGAUGUGGCCAUAGGUGCCCCUUAUGGAGGACCUGAUCACCAGGGCCUAGUGUACAUCCACAACGGCAGAGCGGGAGGGCCCGAGCCCACUGCUUCCCAGGUGCUGGAGGGCCGCUGGGCCUCCUCCUCCAUGCCCCCCAGCUUUGGCUACGCCAUGCACGGCGCCACAGACAUCGACCUGAACGGAUACCCAGACCUGAUUGUGGGCGUGUUUGGCGCUGACAAAGCUGUUCUCUACAGGGCUCGGCCAGUCAUCAGUGUAAACGCCACCCUAGACAUCAGUCCCCAGAUCCUGAAUCCUGAGGACCAGAGCUGCAAGCUGCCCAGUGCCCCCUCCACCUCAGUGUCCUGUUUUACAGUGAAGUACUGCCUGAAGGCAAGUGGAAGAGGUGCCCCGUCCGAUUUGAACUUCCAGGUGGACAUCGUCCUGGACAAGCUCAAGCACAAGGGGGCGGUCAAGCGUGUCCUCUUCCUCCACAGCCGCCAGUCUCAGUACUCCAAGAACAUGAGCGUGUCCAAUGGGCGAACCCCAGGUUGCGAGGAGCUGGUGGCCUACUUGAUCGAUGACUCAGAGUUCAGGGAUAAGAUCACGCCCAUUGCUGUGUUUAUGGAGUACCGGCUGGACUAUAAGACGGCUGCCGACAAGACUGGCCUGCUGCCCAUUCUAGACCAGUCCACGCCUGCCAACGUGACCAAACAGGCUCAUAUAUUAUUGGAUUGUGGGGCUGACAAUAUCUGCAAGCCAGACUUGAAACUGACUGUGGUGAGUGACCAGAAGCAGAUCUACAUCGGUGAUGAUAACCCCCUGACCUUGGCGGUCACCGCAGAGAACAACGGGGAGGGGGCGUAUGAGGCCGAGCUGCACGUCACCAUGCCCCCGCAGGCCGACUUCAUUGGGGUGGUGCGCAACAGUGAGACUCUCUCCAGGCUCUCCUGCGCUUACAAGAGAGAGAACCAGACCAGGAUGGUAGUGUGUGACCUGGGAAACCCUAUGAAGGGAGGCACAAAGGUCAUGGCCGGCCUCCGCUUCAGUGUCCACCAGCUAUCCGAGCAGGACACCUCUGUCAAGUUUGACCUGCAGAUCAUCAGUUCCAACCAGUUCAACAACACCAGCAACCUGGUCUCCAGUGUCACAAAGCUCGCCGUCUUGGCUAAAGUGGAAAUAAGAGGUGUGUCUGCACCAGAUCAAGUCUUCCUCCCAAUUGCUAACUGGCAGCCAAAAGACAAUCCAGUGUUGGAGGACGACAUUGGUCCCCUCAUCCUCCACGUGUAUGAGCUCCGGAAUAAAGGCCCAAGCACGUUCAGCAAGGCUAUGCUUGACAUCAAGCUGCCUUACAAGUACAACAACGGCUCUCUGCUCUACAUCACCAAGUACACGGUGGAUGGAGCCAUGAACUGCAGCACGGACAUGGAAAUCAACCCUCUCAAUGUUUCUAAUCCCACAUUUUUGGACAAGAACAUGACUGUGACCAGCGGGGACCGGGCGGAGAGCAGGAUCCGCAACCACGUGCACCGGCGUGACCUGGAGCGCAAGCAGAUGGAGGGAGACCUAGAGACACUGGACUGUGAGAAGGCCAAGUGUCUGAAGAUCCAGUGUCGCGUGGGCCGUCUGGAGAGGGGCCAGAGUGCCAUCCUGUUCAUCCGCUCGCGGCUCGGGGUUUCCACUUUCCUCCAGGCUGAGUCCCAGAACCGCUCCUACAGUGUCCGGUCCUCGGCCACGUUUAAUGUCAUAGAGAUGCCCUACAAGAACCUGGUGUCUGAGUUCCCCUCCAACAGCACGACGGUGAACCUAGCUGUGAUUUGGGUGAAGACAGACUACACCCAACCUGUGCCAGGAUGGGUUGUAGCUCUUGCUGUGUUGGCUGGACUCCUCCUGCUGGCUCUGCUGAUCUUUGUAAUGUACAAGCUGGGCUUCUUUAAGAGAGUGCGCCCCCCUCAGGGCGACUGCACAGAGAAGGAGCAGCUGCAGCCCCUGGAGAAUGGAGAACGCAACACGGAGGCGUGAAGAUCGCCACCACAGCACUGUGUCCACUCAACACCACGUCUCCACGACAGGACUGGGAAAUGGCCUGUGGCGACAACCAUGGGAUAGAACUAUACAGUUAUGUGUGUCUGUGCGUGUGUGUCUGUGCGUGUGCGUGUGUGCGCGUGCGUGUGUGUGUGUGGGGGUGCUAGUGUGUAUGUGUUUUGUGAGUCACUUGGCCCUUCUGAAAAUCUUGGGACAGACUGACCUGUAAAUGCAGUUUUUUGCCAACUUUGGUUGCACAAACGCAGUACUUUCGAUUGUGGACACUGGAAGAGUGAUUGCUUUUUGGUCUAGACUGCUCUGAUUCAUGUGACUGCCAUAGUGCUAACGACGGGGAAAAUGCUCGAUGAAGAAGUGCUAAAACGUUCAAAUGCAGUGGUGUUCAUUUCUUUCGACUGUCCCUCAUACUGGGACGAGUGCCAAUCCAGUUUGACUGUGCUUCAACAAAACCUGCUGGUUAAAUCUAUGCAUAUUAACUGCACUGACUUUCAUGAGAUUCAUUAGGCGGCAAAUGUAGUUGAACUAUGAGGCGUUUGAAUAACCAUUGUUUACACUGUUAGUUUGAAGCAAUAGAGAAUACAAAAGGUCUUAACUCUUUGUAAUAAAUGUAGUGUCGGAUGAAUUGGGAAAUUUGCAAUAAUCAUGUACGUUGAAUAGCUGCUGCCAUAUGGUGCUUCAGGAGAACAGUCCUGGACAAAAGACCAUCCUUGAGAAAAAUGUGCUUCUUUGUGAAAGUGCUUGAUUGUCAUCCUUAUGUUGGUCUGUAGUCCCUUUUCAACUGACCCUCAUUCAGUAAACAUUUCACAGUGCUUUGCCUUUUCUAAAAACCUACAAAAUGGGUAAAAAAUCCCAUUCAAACAAGUCCAGGGGGUGCAAAUUAGGUUCUUCACUAGGAAGGUUAGUCUAAACGAGUUAUACUAGAAGUGUAAGACACCCAAAUACAAUGCAAUUGUAAACUUAGCAAAUUCAGGCAGUGGUCUGUUUUUGUUAUUGUGCGUAUGAAUGCUAUAAUAAGAAAGGAAUAUUAUGAUUUACAGUUAAUGGCUUUAAUAUGAGCCGUUGGCUUGCUGAUUAAUUUAUUUCAACGCAACACAGGAAGGAUCAAGUGAGCCGGCAGUCCUUAAAACGUGACCAAGGACACAUUUGCAUUCACACUGUGAAAAGAAUGUGGACAUAUUUGGCCUAGAACACCUAAAAAGUUGUCCGAGUUAUCGGAUGUCGAAUGCAGAUCGAGUGUGUAUACUCACUUCUCUUAAGAGGUGUGAAGUCCCGUUAUCAUUCAUACCAGGACAGGUCGGCAGUGGUGGACGAAGUACACAAAUCCUGUACUUGAGUGAAAGUAGAGAUACACAUGGUUAAAUGUUACUCCAGUAAAAGUAGUUCGUCCUCCUUUUACAUUUCCACUUGAGUGGAAGUACAAAAGUACUUGCCUUCAAAUGUACUUAAGUAUCGAAAGUAAAAGUCCUGAAAUGUAUAAUGACUAAUACAGUUGCAUUUACUAUUGUUGAAAUGAUUCGGCACAGACCGGCAUUCAUUGAGCCUUUCUCCUUAAUUCAAGGACAAAAUCAACUAAGAAUUGUUGUGUGUAGGAAGAACUAAAAACAAACUAAUUUUAUAUCUUAUAUUAGAUACUUCAAAGUAACCACUUUUUGCUUUGUUGAAUGCUUUACACUUUCGGACCAAAUCAAGACGUUCCCUUUUGUGUUUGAUAGUGUCAGAUUGUCUAUCAUUGUAUAUCUAUCCAUCAUUGUCUAUCACUGUCUAUCAUCAUUGUUAUGGUAACAUCAAUAUUGUGAAAAGGGGUCAACAAGGUACAGUAAAUAGUGGAUAUAACAAUAACAUAGGUUAGGCAACACCAUUAUUUAAAGCCUAGCUCGCUUCAUAGAAAAUACACAUGUAUUUGGUCUUUUUUCAAAAGGAACUUUAGCUGUACUUCAGCUGUCACAAAAUGUAGUGGAGUAAAAAGUAAGAUAUUUCGCCUAGAAAUGUACUGGAGUAAAAGUUAAAAGUUUAACAAAAUGUAAAUACUCAAGUAAAGUACAAAUACAUGAAAAAAUGACUUUCAGUACAGUAAUUAAAUAAAUGUACUCAAGUAAUGCCUGCCACUGCAGGUUGGAAACGAGCUCUGUGACACUUUUCUCAAGGGUGGUCUUAAUCAUUUGUCUAUGACUAAUAAGCCAAGAAGUCAGCCACUUUAAAACCUUGGUUUCACUAAACGGUUUCCCUAAUCUUUUGUGUAGUAAUUUAAAUUCACUCCUAUUUCCUUUCCUAUUGUUUGGAUAUAAUUUUUAGAAGACGUGUGUAAAUUAUUAUUUUGUCUUUUUCUUCCUCUGUUGUUUAAGGUGGUGGAAGUACAAUAGUUUCAUGAAAUACUAAGUUUGUAUUUUUGAAAUACGGUUUGCAUUUUUUACUACUCUUAACAUUUAGGUACAUCCACCAUAAACGUAUCACUCCAUCUCAUGUUAGAUAAACUAUAAAAACGUUUUUGUAUUUCAAAACAUUUACUCUCUCAAAUGUAAUUUCAAAGGCAAAUGCAAAGACAAAGUCCAAGGGCAUAAGUUGAUGCUGCUGUGGUUUUUUGCUUUGGUAGCAAGUAGAUAAUCACUGCACAAUGAAAACUUUUUACAGUGACAACAAAUCUCUAUGAUAGUAAUUCUGUAAGACUGAGUACAGUCCACCAGUCUAGGUAGAGGAUUUGUUUCCGUCUUUAUUGGCCUUUUUACGCAUUCUUCAUGUCUUUGUUAACAUAAUUUCUUCACAUUGCACAUAUAGAAGUCUUCUUAUUUCUUUCAAAAGUAUGGCUUCACCAUUAAUUGCAUUAACCUGAACAGAAUGACUAGAUCAUAAUGAUCACAGGCUGAAUACAGAAUGCUUGUAAAUCACAUUUUUUGUAAUAUGAUUGAACAUUGAUUACAUUUUGUAUAUGUGUAUAAAGUGUUUUAAGUCAGUUGUGACCGUGUCCCUCCCACAAACAUGUACAGAACAGCUCAGUUUGAAAUGUUAAAAUGAUCAGUUUCCACGUGUCACUCCAGUUUGUGAAUCUUUAGGCUAUGGCUACUGCUGUUUGGUGGGUGAAGAUAUGUUAACAACGAUAAAAUGUUGAGAAGUUUCAGAUAUACUGUAUUUUCACCAGUGCUUCCAUUACUAUUAAAAUGUGGAUGUGAUAAA